AUUCGUUCAGUUCAUAGUGCGGGAGUCGCGGGUCACGUCUGCGGGAUCCAACGGCUGUGCGCUUUAGUGCAACGCGUGUUUGGGUGCAUGUCAACGCCGAUGCGUCGCUGAGUUUCCCAGUGGAAUUUUUCCCUUUUUUUUUCGGGAAUACCGAAUUCGUCCGUCAUGUUCUGGUCAUGGAUUGUUCUCGUCGUCGCAUCCUCUUCUCUGCCGAGUUUUGGACACGCGCUCAAAUGCCAGAAUUGUCACCCAGUUGCACCGAAUAAGAUCAACGUCCAUCUUGUCCCGCACACCCAUGAUGAUGUCGGCUGGCUCAAGACCGUCGACCAAUAUUAUUACGGCAGUAAUAAAGGGCACUCACCCGCUGGCGUGCAGUAUAUCAUCGACUCCGUUGUAUCGGAACUCCUACGAGAUAAAAACAGGAGGUUUGUCUAUGUCGAGACAUCAUUUUUGUGGCGAUGGUGGCUAGAGCAGAAUGAAGAGAGCCGUGCAGAUGUGCGUAUGCUGGUAGAAGAAGGCAGAUUACAACUUUUGCACGGUGGAUGGUGCAUGAGUGAUGAAGCCUCUCCACACUAUUCCUCAAUGAUAGAUCAAAUGACGUUUGGACUCAAAUUUCUCAAUGAGACUUUUGGCGAAUGCGGCAGGCCGAGAGUAGCAUGGCAAAUCGACCCAUUCGGGCAUUCAAGUGAAGUUGCACUUCAAUUUGCAGCCAUGGGAUACAAUGGUGUGUUCUUCGGCCGCAUCGAUCAACAAGACUUCGAAACCCGAGAGGGUAGAAGAGAAAUGGAAAUGAUGUGGCGACCAGAUACAUCCACAGGUGAAGAAGGUGAACUGUUCACUGGAAUUUUGUUCAAUUUAUACCAGCCACCUCCAGGCUUUUGUUGGGAUACCUACUGUGAUGAUGAACCUAUCAUGGAUAACCCUAAGCUUCAUGGAUAUAAUGUUGAUGCAAAAAUAAACCAGUUUAUCAAGCACAUCGAUGCUUACAGUCAUGCCUAUAGAACGAACAAUAUCUUAGUCACCAUGGGAGGUGAUUUCAAUUAUAUAUCUGCUUCGCCUUGGUUUAAAAAUAUGGAUAAGCUCAUUAAAUACAUCAACAAGAGAGAUGGUGACCGUAUAAAUGUUAUUUACUCUACGCCAGCCUGCUAUCUUGAGGCAAUUCAUAAUUCAAAUAUUUCAUUGCCUCUCAAGGACAACGAUGACUUUUUCCCGUACGGUUCUGAUCAGCACUCUUAUUGGACUGGUUACUACACAUCUCGGCCCGCCCUCAAAUACUUUGUAGAGAAGGCUAAUGCUUUCUUGCAGGCUGUCAAACAGUUGACUGCAGGGAUAAUAAAGUCUCAAGAAUUGUUGGACGACCUUGAGCUAAGUCAAAGAGCUGUUGCUAUCACGCAACACCACGAUGGAGUUUCUGGAACCGAAAAGCAACAUGUUGCCGAUGAUUACUCGCUAUAUCUCAAUGAAGGUGUUCAAGCAUUGACAAGACUUCUUACACAUGCCUAUAGAAAGAGAUUGGGUUCUGACCUACCAGUCCAAGUGUAUUGUGGAAAUCUGAACAUCAGUCGUUGUGAGGUAACUGAAAGCAAUGCCCGAUUCAUCAUGACAGCAUAUAAUUCUUUAUCUCAUCCUAUGGACACAGUUGUGUAUCUUCCUGUCUCAUAUGGUCAAUAUAAAGUCACUGGACUCACCGGUGCUGAAAUACCCAGUGAACUUGUUGCCAUCGCCAAACCAGUCCUGACCACACCUGUGUUUCUUCGCCAAAUAGCAUCCCUUGUUGGAACACAACACCCAACACACUCUCUUGUUUUCACAGCAAAAGACAUCCCUCCUUUAGGGUUGAGCUCCUUUUUCGUUGAACGACUUUCACAACUGAAGGCACCCGAUUAUCCUGCGCAGUAUAACUCAACCGAAAACCUGAAAGUUAAACAUGAUGAGACGGAAUUGGAGUUCAAUGCAACAACAGGAUUACUUCAACAUGUUAAUUUCAAUGGAACAAAAGUAGACCUGAUGCAAAGUUUUCAUUACUAUGAAGCUUGCAAAGGUUACAAUUACAACCCAGACAAUAGAGCCAGUGGAGCAUACAUCUUCAGGCCCGCUAAACAGAUCCCGAUCUCAAAUCUAACGGCUAAUAUAACAGUCCACAAAGGUAAACAAGUCACAGAAGUUCAUCAAGCAUUCAACCCAUGGAUGAGUCAAGUGAUUCGAAUUUUCAGCGGAUCGUCGGAGCUAGAAUUUUGUUGGUUAAUUGGGCCUGUACCUGUACCUGACUGGAAUGGUAAAGAAAUUAUUACAAGAUACACAACAGACAUACCCUCAAAUAAAACUUUCUACACAGACUCCAAUGGUCGGCGGUGGGUGAAACGCAUUUUGAAUUACCGAUCAUCCUGGAAUAUGACUGUGCAUGAGCCUGUCGCUGGGAACUACUACCCUUUGACAUCUGCAAUUCAAAUCCGAGAUGAAUUGAAUGACACAGCUACUUUAACAGUCAUCACUGAUCGAGCAGAAGGUGGAACUAGUCUCCAUGAUGGUGAAAUUGAAAUUAUGUUGCAUCGAAGACUGGUGUAUGAUGAUAUGAAAGGUGUUUCGGAACCUCUUGACGAAUCUGCUUUUGAUGAAGGUCUCAUUGUGCGUGGUUGUCACAUAGUUCAGUAUAAUACAGAUCGGCAGGAAGCUGUCAAGCAGCAUAGGCUGAAGACAUUAGAAACAGUUUACAGCCCAAUAUUAGCCUUUGCCAAAGGACCCUCAACAUUCCAGGAAUAUCUAGAAAAGAAUCGUUUGAGUUUUUCAUUGGUCGAAGCAGCUUUACCAAAGAAUAUUCAUAUUUUAACACUAGAACACUGGGGAGAUGACACAGUUCUUCUGCGGUUAGAACACAUUUUUGAAAUAAAUGAACAUAAAGAAUUUUCAAAGCCUGAAACUGUAAAUUUACAGACCUUAUUCAAAGAAAUAGAUGUACUAUCAGCUGAAGAGUUAACCCUUGGCGCAAACAUAUUGAAGAAAGAAUUGGAUAGGUACUCGUGGAACUAUGAGGCUCCAACCCCAGCACCUCCCACUGCAGUCCCAGAGCUGCCCAAGGAAAAGCCUCUAGCCAAGCGCUCAACAGACCUAGUCGUCACAAUCAAACCGAUGGAAAUUAAAACGUAUAGACUGUAUGUGAAACUCAAAUAAUAAGAGCGCCUAAGGCUAAGAUUUUGUAAAUGAAUUGUUUGUACAGUAAGUUAGGAAUUGAGUAUUUUGAUUUGUAAGCCACCUUCGUUCCAGGGUUAUUGUUAUUGUUUAAUUUCAAUUUUUUUUGUUUUACGGUGAAAAGCUUUCAUUGUAUUUUACAACUUUCUUUUUUUAUUCGCCUCCAAAACCUAAGGUGACCAUAUGACUCAAAGUGUACAGAUUUAAUCAACUGUCAUUCUUUCCGCCACAGAGUUCUUACAAUUUUUUUGUGCAACUCUCGGCUGCAAAAACUGGAAAUGAUACUUCAUCAAUUAAUGAAGCUCAGAUAUUCAGCUUGAAUUUUCCUUUUAUGUAUAGAAAUUUGAGCUAUAAUGCCCAAGAAAGAAAUUGGUCAUUUUCCCUGCAUCUACGAACUCGAUAACUUUCAAGUUUUGCUAAUGCCUUUGAAUGAAGGCUCGCUACAGUGAAUAUCACGUACUUAUCAUUUAAUUUUGUACCUAUGUCCUGGCUAUUUUAUGUAUUCCAUUACCUCUUGUAGAGACUGAAUUUUCUUGGAUGUUCCGGAAGGGCAUGUCACAGUAUUUUUAUCUAACUGUCAAUCAAUAGUUUAUGUCGCUCAAGGAUCAACGUGUAAUUUUCAAUUACAAGCAAUCACCACUGUUGUGUCAUUUGCCUCAUAAACAAGAUAUUAGUAAUCGAUUUAAAACUUAAUUGUUCUAUAAAUUAUUCAAUUUUUACGUAGAAUUUCUUGUUUUCAAUCUGAAAUUUUUAACUGAAUGGAAGAGACUCAUUGAUGAUAAGAAUCAAAUGUAUGGACGUUUUUGCAGGAAAAAUUGUAUUUCACAACACCUGUAAUUUUCAUGAAAAAAUGGACUCUCUCCUUGAAGGAAAGCAUUUGUAUUAUAAAAAAAAUUCAAUUCACUUCCUCUCCACCUCCCUUCUUUGAAAAGAAUGUAAGAAGCCUUUGAUGUGAAUUGCAAUUUUGACACAUACCAUCAUUGAAUUUUAUUCUGGAGCCCUCUCAAUAUCAUCGUACCUUUUUGCGAAAUUUCUUUCCUCCUCCGAGUUUAUGGUUCCUGUGGGUCGAUUGUUGAAUCACUAUCCAACCACCUUGAUUGAUUAAUUCCUAUCAAGGCAAUGAUAUUUAUCGAAAAGGGUCGUUUAAUAGUGAUUCAACAAUUCAGCUGCUGAUUAGUUCCGUUGACCAAUCUAACAUUCUCAGUUCUAGUUCUGAGUGUACAAAAAUUUUAUCUGAAAUUUCUGUUCUAAUCUGACUGGUCUUACUAUUUAUUUGUUUGUUUCCUAUUUUUAGUUAUUUAUUGAUUACCCUAAGAAUAAAAGAAUAUUCACGGUAAAACAG